CGUCAUGAAUUUUAGUCUUUCAAGUGUUGGAUGAUUCUGUGCUGAAAAAAUGAUAAAAUAACGCUGUAAUUCCCUCCGUCUAACGCAAGAAAGGUGUUUAAACGUCGUGCAAGGAUACCGUGCCUCGAGAUUUGUUUGUUUGUCAAGGGCUGAAGAUACCAACAGAUUUAAAAAAGGCUUCCAUAAGUAUUCGGAGAGUAAAAUAGAAAACCACCCUUGAUAGUCCUAGUGAAGCAAUCAUUGAACCCAGACGACAGAAUGUCGGAAGCACAGGGCGGAAGCGUCGACCAACGGCGUCGUUCCCGCUCAAAGACACCCAACAGCUUGAAUUUGCGUGUCAGUUCCGAUCGUGAACAGAACGGGUCGGAUCCUUCACCCAAUCGAAAGACUCGCAAAGCGCCCACCGUCGCUACGAUCGAGGAAAAAGAUGAAGCUACACCAACGCAGAACCGUGGUACAUCGGUGCGUAAAACUCGAAUCGUUACCUCGGACUACUCAUCGGAAGAGACCUCACCAGAGACGGCACGUGCGGCGGCCGCGGCCGUCAUUGCAAAUGCCAACGAACAGCUGGCUAAAUCGGUGGCCCAAUUAUCAAAAUCAUCCAUCACUACCACCUCAACCACAUCCAGCAGCGUUGUCGUCGUCAGUGGCGAAGUACGGGCAGAGGAGAAGAGGAUCACUACGACGAAAGUCAGCAACAAUAAUGCUGCGCUAGCUUCGUCUGCAUCACCAAAGAAAGAUACUAUCAGUCAGCAACAACAAGUGCCCAUUAUCUCAGUGCCUGUGGAUGCUGAACCGGCCGCAGCCGGUAAGCGAAUCACUUCUUCCAGCAGUACUACCUCCUCUAGUACCUUGUCCAGUAAAAUCGUCUCUGGUGGUAGUACCAUGCGAACGAGCACACCGAAAAGUGCGAUCACAACUAGAUCAGCAACCGCAGCAUCAUCGGCAGCCAAGAUCGCCCUCACGCCGGAACAACUCCAACAGCACGCUGCUUACAAAGAGUACAUUGAAGCAGGGGAAUACUGGAACAAGUAUCCCAAAACGGAUUACACGUACUCGGAGCUGUCACCACAUCGGCGGGAAGUGGCACCAGGACUGAUCGCCAUGCCGAACAUGUCUCGUCCCAGCCUUUCCAAUCACGCCGAGCGAGUGCACACGAUGAUCCAGCGCGAUCCGGAACGUGAAAUGUAUAUUCGCGAACGAUACACCACCGGGGCUCGGUUGGCUAAAAGGGACGCUCAAUAUGAUUCCGCCGAUGAGGCUGACUAUUUUACUCAGCAAGCACAGCAGAGACAACAGAAGCGUGUAACCAUUGAGAAACGUUCAAUAGUAAGCCGUUUCUUCCUGGCGAUCGUCACGUACGUGUUCCGUUGCUAUGAUACCGUUCGCUCAGUGUUUACCAGAAAGACCGAUGAGCAGCAGCUCUACUACACUCGUAUCGUGGAUGAGAGAGGAUUCUUUGCCCGAGUGUACGGUGCCAUCUCCUCGUUCUUCACCCACCUAUUCAAACGCGUGUACUUGCUGAUCUCCUCCGUUCUGUUUCUGGAUGCCUGGUUAUUGCAAACGACUGCUGCCGAUCAGGAGCAACAGCUAUUGGCUGCUGGACAGCGUAAGCGUCGGUUUUUGCUGUUUCUACUUGUGCUGCUACCAUUUCUGCUGAUUGGCGCGCACCUCUUGGCAGAUGAAGACCACGCGAUAGUGCUGCCGGUUUCUUCGCGCGCUACUGUAGCCCUAUCCUCGUUUUCACGUGCUCUACCGGAACAUCUAAGAGACGCAAAGAUUACCGUUGAACAGCUCUACGAAUACGUUAGUAAUUCUAAACCAGUGGAAGGUUUACGAUCCGCUACUUUGCCUUCUCUUUGGUUCCUGUUACCAUCCUUCGGAUGGCUUUCGGGCCUAUCAUGGCCAUCCUUUUCAACACGAGGAUCGAGUGGUUCGCAAUCGCCCAUCCACGAUACUCUGCGUCGUACAUUGAGCAGGGAAGAAUACGAAGAACUAAUGCUCCAUAUCGAUUCAUAUAUCGAUGGGUUGUUGGAACAAAAGUACGCCUCCAAGCUGGUCCAAGCGGUACGGGAUACAGAAGAGCGCGAAAAAGCACAAAAACCGAUUGCCAUUACACCGGAAAUAACUGCUCACGUGGCGCACAUUAUUCAGGAAAGCUUGAGCACAUACAACUACCGAUUGACGGACGGUGAUAUUGAGAAUGUGGCCCAAAGAGUACACCAAAUGUUACUGACAACGUACCCGGCGGUGUUUGAUGCUGAGUGGUUGUCAAAGCAAAACCAAGAGCACAUCAUAAAUGAGAAUAGGCCCGAGGUAUCGAAGGAAUACAUUGCGGAGAUACAGCGGCUAGUUGAGCAACAGAUAAGCAUUACCAACAACCAAUAUAUCAUCGAGGGUCAUCAGCUGGAAGAGCUUCUUACGAAGAUACUCACCUCCAAUCAGUUGCUAAAGUUGAUUGACCAUCGAAUCGACGUUAAGGCGCAAAGUAUUCAAUUAGAAAGUGACCGGCGGCGAGAUGCUUUGGUGGAAGCACUCCAGAAGGAACUAAGCGACAUCAAAGUGCACUUCAAUCAGCAACUGCUAGAUAACAGUGCACAGUGGGAAGAUCGCUUACGGCUCGUGGCACAAAAUCAUGCCAAGCUAGAUGAUCAGAUCAGUGCCUAUCGAUUAGAGAACGAUAAGCUCUACCAAAAGCUACUAACGGACUUCGAUGGCCGUCUAGAGGCGGUCCGGGCGGAGCGCUUCGAAGGUGUUAAUAAGGUUAUAAGGGAAAACAUACUCACUAUUCUUGGACUGAACAUACAGCAAGACAUCCCGGAGGGUGAUCUCCGAACAUGGAUCAACGGAGUGUUUGUAGCACGCGAGCACUUGGAGGAACGACUGAGCGAGCUUCUCCGGGAAGUGAAAGCCGAACGGCAAUCGGACAUCGAACAAAGUGCCGCCCAACUGAUGGCGCGCAUUGGCGAACAGCUUCGGAAUGAGAUGAAGCUACGUUUGGAAGAAGCGCACUCGGCGAACACCAAACAACCGGACCAUUCUGGUGAACCAUCGGAACCAUCGGUAGGCGCUUUAACGGAGAAGGAUGUUAAACGAAUUGUUCGGGAGGCGCUGGUCAUCUACGAUGCCGAUAAGACGGGAUUGGUCGAUUAUGCACUAGAAACGGCCGGUGGUCAAGUGCUUUCGACGCGUUGCACGGAAAAUUACAAAUCCCAUUCGGCCGAGUUCCGUAUAUUUGGCAUCCCGAUCUGGUAUCCAUCCAACACACCGCGAACCGUCAUUUCUCCAACAAUGGAACCGGGUCAAUGUUGGGCUUUUCAAGGGUUCCCCGGUUAUCUCGUCAUACAAUUAAACACUCGAGUAAUCGUGACGGGCUUCUCGCUGGAGCAUAUCUCUAAGCUCCUUGUCGCCCAGGGAUCAAUAAGUUCUGCCCCGAGAGCGUUUACCGUUUGGGGUCUGCGAGAACUGGACGACCCCGAACCUGUCCUGCUGGGUAGUUAUGAGUACCGGGACCAGGUGGGCAGCAGUCUUCAGUACUUCCCGGUACAGAACAAACAGUGGCAGGAACCGCUGCAGAUCGUCGAGCUGCGCAUCGAGUCAAACCAUGGAAACAUUCAUUACACCUGUCUGUAUCGGUUUCGGGUACACGGUGACAAGGUUGACGAUGCGCGAUAGAGAACCAACACAUCGGAAAGGGCAAUUGUUUCCAAUCAGACAGAAGAGAAUUGUCGAUGUUUUAUUCGAUUUUAGUUUAUUUAUUGCUGUAGCAGUUGCAUUUACGUACAUGUUUGUUUGUCUUGUCUUGCGUUACUUUUCGAAUGUUUUGUUUUAGCUGUAUAUGAACGUCCUAGUUCGUAUCCAUCACAGAUCACGUACGAUCGAUCAUACCAAAAGUGAACAAGAGUAGUAACAUUAAUUGCCUUUGUCCAACGAGCAGCAAAUGCUGCUCUCAUUUAGAAUGUGUUAGAUACUAAGUCGUUUUGUUUCGUUUUGUGUAAGGAAAAGCAAUAGAGUAUUACUUUACUCUAGUUGAAUCCGUUGGCAGCAGGCUUAUAUGAUGUGCGAUCGUUUAAUAAUUAGUGCGCUGUACUUUGCAUAGUUAGGAAAUGAUGAAUAUAGCUUUUGCAGUGUUGUACAAAAGAGUAGGAAUAGCUUUAAUUGAACGCCAUUACCUCCCAUUGCUCUUGUUUUAAUUCUUACCUUAUCCCACUUACAAAUAUUACUAACCAAAAGGUCUAAACCCCACUUUAAUAUUUCUUCAGUUGUUGUUUUUUUUUAUUGUAAGGUCUCUUACUAGAAUUUGUUCGGGUUAAAAGUAGUUUUCUCGAUUAGAUUUAACUUUGUACGUUCACCUUGUUGUCCUUCUACUACCAAUGUACUAGUACCUAACCUAGAUGCGAUUACUAGAGCGAUAAUAAGAAGCAAACGUACCAUAGCUGCCUUAAAAGAGCUGAGCAAUGUUAAGCACCUACUUUUAAGGGAGAAUGGUCAAACAAGGAAAACUAACACACACAGAAACACAUUACAUACUCGAUGCGAAGUGGCACUUUAUAGCCAAAGCGGGUAGAUAAAAAUUAAUGAUUUGAGUGUAAACUAUGUAUUUGAAUUCCAACCUCAUGCAAUGCGCAAGCGCGAUGCCUACGUACCGUCUUCACAUGUUCUUAAUAUUUGAUUCUUAAACCGAGACCGAGCCUGUGGACCUGGUUUUUUUUAAAUAGAGUAAGCGUUUGCCAACUUUUUUUCUUUGUUAUCCUGGCAGUUUCAAUGUCUGAAUUAGUCCAUUCCUUAAAUUCAACAUUUUUGGUCUAUACCUGAGUGGUUUCUCGAUUGCCUAUUGAAUAUUUUAACAUUCAACCAUUUUACGUAUUUUUGUGAUAGGUUUUUAUCGGAACAAAAAGCAAAAUUCGAAUAAUUUUGACAUAUAUUUCAGUACAAAAUUGGCGGUUUAAAAACUUUUACUUCUUUUGAAAAUACUGUAAACGAAUCCUGUAAAUUGACAGGGUAAGAAGAGUUGCGAGAAGGAUGGCAUGCACUCAAAGGAUAGGAAUUGCUGUAAAGAAUAUCCCACUCCAAGCAAAAUGAGCUCUAGUAGUUAAGCAGCCGAGGACUCAAAUCAAAAGAAAUAAAAUGACCCAUUCUUUUUUUUAAGAAGUG